AUAUUUCCCAGGGUGCAAUGGGUUAUUCAUAUUAUUUGUAUGGUUGAAAGAAACGCAGCAACGUGGUUGUGGAAAGUUAUUCGGGGUCUCUCUGGUUAGAUAGAGAUAUGUUGGCCAAAGUUGCCAUUUCUUUAGCUUAAACAUUUUGGAGACUGGAGGUAAGCCCACUGAAGCAGAACUGUUAUUAUGAUAUCUGUGUAAUUAUGAAAGCAGGUGUAUCUGUCAUUAGGCUAACAUUUAAUUGCUAACUAGCUCGGGUUAGCAACGGCUAGGCUAACAGGGAGAAUGAAUAUAGCCAAAAGUGUGCACAUUGUUUCAGAUAAAUAUUAUCUAGUUAUGAUAAACAAUCCAGUGGCUAGAUGCCACCUCUAGCUAGCCAGCUAAUAAUAUGGCUCAAUAUUGGAAUGAAGCAGCUCUGUCUUAUGAUUGAUUGCGGUUUGACUGGUAGCGGGCUAAGCUGGACCAUAAUACGUUUGCUUGUCUCCAUCAUCUGCUGCAUAAAUCAAGCAUUGAGUGACAAGUGGAUUGAACAACUGAAUGAAUUCUAACGCAAUGCAAAACAAAUAUAGUAGUACCUAGACGACCCUUCACACACACAGUUACAGAGAGAGUGUCAGUGUAAACCAUAGUAAGCUUCGCUAUGGUGCAUACUAUUCUGUAGCAGCUCGUCUCACGAGCCAUGUGACGUAGAGAGUCUAUUCUACAGCACUGAAAGGGAAGCAGAGCAACCCCCUUUCAGAAGCGCAGACUGAGCAUGUGUGGCUCACGACUGGCUAGGAUGUCCUUUAAUAUACGGUUGCUAUGGAAAUGGAUGACAUGAAAUGGAUCCGUACGGCUACAAAAUCUCCUCGACCCCUCCGCACCUCGUGUUUUUACACAAAUCACUGCCAACAACCUGACGCGUCAUAAGGAGAUCUGCACCAGCCGAGUAACAGUUCCAUGAGGCGCCGGCACAGAGAGGCAUGCAAAACAGAAAAUACACACGCACUGAAACUAGUGUCUCCUUCUCCAACUACCAGCCAGAGCCAUCAAUCUCUCUCAUCGGUCCAGUUCACACUCUCCUUUGUUCCUGCAAGAAAAGUCUGUGCAUGAGUGUGGUGAGAGAGGGGAGAGAGAGACAGAAAGAGAGAGCGAGGGGAGAGAGAGAAAAGAGAGGGAGACAAACGAAGAGACCUGCUCAAUUCAAUUUCUCAUUCCUGUCUCCUCCCCUCUCCAGUCCAGUGGAGCCGGCGCUGAGCAGAGGGGCUGAAGAUUGGCUGCUGCCCGCUCUAGCACCAGGAUCCUCUACAGCCGUCUGGGGUGAGGGGUGGAGGAGACGAGGUGCCUGGCUGGGGCUGGGUGGAUGCUGCCUGGAGGAGGGGGGGCCACGGCAGCAGCAGAGGCAGUGGGAGGAAGAUGGCAUCUACAUGCAUGCAGAUCUUCGCCUUCAUCCUGGCGCUGUUGGGCAUCAUGGGGGCCAUGGUGGCCACACUGCUUCCCAAUUGGAAGGUGAGUGCCGACGUGGGCUCCAACAUCAUCACAGCCAUCUCCCAGAUGCAGGGGCUGUGGAUGGACUGCACCUGGUACAGCACCGGCAUGUUCAGCUGCACCUUGAAGUACUCGGUGCUGUCGCUGCCCGCCUACCUGCAGACUGCCCGCACCACCAUGGUGCUGUCCUGUGUGAUGGCUGCCAUGGGCCUGUGCCUAGCAUCCCUGGGGCUCAAAUGUACCCGCUGGGGGGGCGGCCGGCGCUCCAAGAGGCACGCGGCCAUCGCCAGCGGGGGCUGCUUCAUCGCCGCUGGCUUCCUGUGCCUGGUGCCCGCUUCCUGGUUCACCAACGAGGUCAUCACUAACUUCCUGGACCGCAGUGUGCACGAGAGCAAUAAGUUUGAGCCCGGGGGCGCUGUGUACGUGGCCUUCCUGUCGGCAGGCUUCCUCUUCGUGGGGGGGUCCAUCUUCUGUGUGUCUUGCUCGGGGAAGAGGCCCGGUCACCAGGACAUGAUCUUACUGCCCCCCCCCAACAAACUCAUACUGCAGCAGCAACAGCAGCUCCUACAGCAACAGCAGCAGGACCAGCACCAGUACUGCUCCCUCUCCCCACUAGACAAUAAGACAGGCUACAGCCUGCAGGACUAUGUGUAGGCUAAAGCAACAAGCCACUAGCUACUGCCAGGCAGACCAGUUAGGGGAACCAGGGCUUACACUGCGUAAGAGAUUGAGGAGGAGACUAGAGCGGAGGGGAAGGACUUUGAUGGCGUCUCUCUUUCCCUUUCCCCUCUUUUUCUGUUCUGCAAGCACAAGCAGUGGAGGUAUUCCCCGAGCAGCCCCUUGGAACAGACGGACGGAUGGUGAAUGUGAAAUGCAGCGCAGCCGAGGGAGGAAGGGAAGCGCUGCAGAAUGGGAGGGGAGCACCAGCUCAACACAUGCAGAUACCCCAGCAAUCAUCAGUAAAUCCAUUAAGACUUCCCGGGGGAAUGGAUUAUCUGAUAACAAGCCUCCCGUUAAUUUCCUUUUCCUCGCCAAAGGUUUGAAUUAAUAAGCAAUCAUUUAGCUGCUAAUAAUCGUUUGGUAACCACCCAUUCGGCAAGUCGGCAAUAUUGCUAUUAUUGUCUCAAAGAGGCAAUAACAGUACGUGCAAUUCCCUUUUCAUAAGCAAGCUACUGUUGUUUUGAACUAUCCACUAGAUAUGCUAGUUGUUGGGACUGAUUUAAGAAAUUGUCUUAUUUUUGGUAGCUAAUAGCCUGAUUGAUAUUUGCCUAAGCAUGCUGUUUGGAGCCUGUCUGUGUAUAAUGCAGAGGAAUGCCUGUUAGAGACAGACGUAUGUAGCCAACGCUAUGGAUAAAGGCUGUAGUAUAUUAUCCUUCCCAUUGAAACUGUUCAAAGAGUGCUGUCAGAAAUAAUACAUAGGGUGCUGGGCUUGGAGACGGAACAGAAUGGCAUAUUAACAAAAUCCUGUAACUCACCCUGCAGGUAGAGACAGACAGAGACACAGAGAGAGAGAGAGAGAGACAAACAGAGAGAGAGAGAGACAAACAGCGAGAGAGAGAGAAAAACAGAGAGAGAGAGAGACAAACAGAGAGAGA